AUGAACCGACGACACGGAGCGUCGUCGACGCUGCUCCUCAUCGUCUGCGCGCAGAUCUUCGCCGUCUAUGGUUCCACGAUCGACGCGAGCCAACAGGGUAAAUCGAUCACCUUCGAGGCGUCGUCGUUGAACGAUCAGGUGGACGACGAUGACAACGCGGUGAUCGUUGAAGCCGCCAUUGAUACGGGAGCUCGACUCGGCGAGGCGAGAGACGGCCGCAGUAUCCUGUGGAACGGAAUCUCUAAUAGCGAGACUUGUCUGACGUCGAAAGGCGAGGUUGGCCGUUGCACCAGCUUCAAGGAGUGCUAUCCAUAUUUCAAAAUUCCUGAUCUGAGCGCUCUAGAUGGCUGGGUUCUCGGUGUUUACGACACCUGUAGCUAUAUGCAAGAGAACGGCCAGACGAGUUUCGGAAUCUGUUGCUCCAAUAUAUUUCCGGUCGUAACGCCGCCGUCAGAAAUCACUCAGGACCCCCUUGUAGACGAUAUUCCUCAGGGAGGGAACGAUGACAAGAAGGAGGGUGGAAUCACCGUGAAACCAAUGGCGCAAUUCCCAGGUUCCUGGCCACCACCGAUUCCAACUCAUCCACCUGACCACACGGUACCACCGUUGCCUACCCAUCCGCCGUAUCUUGAACUGCCGGGGAUCUCCACGAUAAAACCAGUUUUCACAUCGAAAAAACCCGGCAUCGCGACGACCUGGCCGACGAAGAAACCUGCCUGGUGGCCAGGUGCGCCAACCGUAUUACCGACGACCAGCGAAAGGCCGCCCAUGGAUACGAUUUCUGGCAUAAAUACACAUCAGUGCGGCGCGAAGAACGGUAAUCAGGACCAGGAGCGGAUAGUGGGCGGUCAGAAUGCUGACCCUGGCGAAUGGCCUUGGAUCGCGGCUCUCUUCAACGCCGGACGACAAUUCUGCGGUGGUUCCCUCAUCGACGAUAGACACAUUCUCACGGCGGCUCAUUGCGUUGCCAACAUGAACUCCUGGGACGUGGCGAGGUUAACGGUCCGUCUGGGCGACUACAACAUCAAGACCAACACGGAGAUACGACACAUCGAACGACGAGUGAAACGAGUGGUCAGACACAGAGGCUUCAAUGCUCGAACACUUUACAACGACAUCGCGUUGCUCACCCUUAACGAGCCUGUCCCGUUUACCGAGCAAAUAAGACCCAUCUGUUUGCCGAGCGGCUCGCAGCUGUACAACGGAAAAAUUGCUACGGUCAUCGGUUGGGGUUCCUUGAGAGAAAGUGGGCCACAACCAGCUAUCCUUCAAGAGGUUUCGAUACCAAUCUGGCCAAACGGUGAGUGCAGGUUGAAAUACGGUGCAGCAGCACCUGGUGGAAUCGUGGACAGUUUCUUGUGCGCUGGACGAGCUGCAAAAGACUCCUGUUCGGGUGACAGCGGUGGUCCUUUAAUGGUGAACGAUGGCCGCUGGACGCAAGUAGGUAUCGUCAGCUGGGGUAUUGGUUGUGGCAAAGGCCAGUAUCCUGGUGUUUACACGAGAGUAACGCAUUUCCUGCCCUGGAUCUACAAGAACCUGAAGUGA